AUGGUAGCUCCUACUCCAUCCCUCAACUGGUCUAGCCAGCUAUCGGUAACAGCCUCUACGGGCACCCCGGUCUCACUAACAGGCGAUAAAAUCCUACUACCACAGUCUGCCCUCGAACAGCUUCUCGCCGCAUCAGCAUCUGCACCGCAGCCCCCGCCAGCCGUUGUAGAUCUUGAAUCAUGGGAUACACCGCAGGUGCCACAACAGCGAAAUCAACAGCUGCCCCAUCCGUUAAUAUUUAGGCUUUAUAAUCCUGCAAAUAACCGCUUCUCGCAUGCGGUACCACGGGAGUUCUCAGCGGCCGAGGGGGAGGUCGGAAUAUCCCCAUUUCUAAGGGAGGCGCUAGGUCUUGAGGAGAAGGACGAGGAGGCGCUGCGAGAAGGCGAGACAGGGAGCAGGAGGGAGAAACCGAGGAUCACCAUCGUUUCAAAAUCUUUACCCAAAGGAACGCACGUACGGCUUAGACCUCUAGAAGCUGGUUACGAUGACGAAGACUGGAAGGCGCUUCUAGAGCGGCAUCUGAGGAUGCAUUUUACAACGUUGACGACAGGUGAGAUUCUAUUCUUGAUCGACAAGUUGGAACCUGAGGAGGCGGUCUGCAUCGUUGAUACUGAUUUGGAGGUCGACAUCGAACCUUUGUCAGAAGAGCAAGCAAGAGAAACAUUGAAACAGCGAAUAGCUCGUAAGACAGGCGGGGCUAGCACGGGCAGAAUAGUCAAAACCGAUGAGCCAGUUCAAGGCCAAGUUUUACCAGGAGGCUACCAUUUCUACGAGCUCAAGGAGUGGAAGCGGGAUCUACCUCUCAUAAUAGAUAUCGACGGAGUGGAAGAUGGUAAUGAAGUAGAUAUCUUUGUUUCAACAUCGAAGCAGCAUCGCAAACCCCACGAUGACGAGCAUGUAUGGGGAGACUUUGGGAGCUCGUACCCCAAACGCAUAAAAAUUUCUCCCACGAAUAUUGAGCUCGUUGAUGUAACUACAUUAUCUUUCGGCAUCCAUGGUUACAGAACCCUUGAUGCGGGCGAUGAUGAGGAAUCAGAAGAUGAAUCCACAAGACCAUAUGUUCUCAGAAUCACACAGCCCACGUCCUCCGAGGAUAUGGAAACGGACACACCCACAAAUGAUGGACUCCCCCCAGGACCAGAUUACAAAAAAUGCAACAACUGCACUCAGUGGAUACCCGCACGCACCUUUAUGCUACACGAAAACUUUUGCCUACGCAACAAUCACGUUUGCAAAAAGUGCAACCAAGUUUUUAAACGCGGCACUGAAUCGCAGCAUUGGCACUGCCCGCAAUGCAGUGCACAUGGGAUUAAUGCCCCCUCAGCAUUAGUAAAACACGCAUCAAUCUUCCAUCACCCACGAAAUUGUACUUCAUGUCCUUAUGGGGCUGCAAAUCUGCCCGACCUUGCCGUUCACAAAACCACGACCUGCCCCGGUAAAAUAAUCCUUUGCAAAUUCUGCCAUCUUCUCGUCCCUCAGGAUGGAGAAGGCGAUGGGUCACAGCCAAAUGCAGAGGUAAUCAUGACGGGGCUCUCGAAACACGAACUAGAAUGCGGAUCACGAACAACCGAGUGCCAUCUCUGUUCAAGAAUCAUAAAACUGCGUGAUAUGGAAAACCACCUCAAAAACCACGACCUCCAACGUUUAUCAAAAAGUCUUCCAAGAGUCUGUAGAAAUCCCCACUGUGCGCGCACACCCAAAAAUGCAAGAAACGACCUCGGACUUUGCGGCUUCUGUUUCGGCCCCCUUUAUGCACAGGGGUAUGACCCCACAGGCUCACAGCUAAAGCGUCGUGUUGAGCGGAAGCUUCUCCAGCAGCUACUUUCUGGUUGUGGAAAGUCCUGGUGUCAGAACGAUAUGUGUAAAACAGGCCUUGAGAACAGUGGGAUGAAGCCGGAUGGGGUUAUGAGCACUGCGAAAGCGUUCCCGAUUAUUAAACCCAUUACGGAUAAACUUCUGGAUACAAGUGUCCCAUUGAGUUUGUGCGUAGAUGAAACCACGAAGAAAAGGAGGGAAAUGGCUGAGUGGAUGAGGGCGGAAAGCGCAUUGCAUGAGAGCGGUGGUUAUGAUUUAGCCUUUACUAUCGCUGCGGUAGAGGAAGCGGCAGGUGAUAGGGAUGGUGCCUGGAAAUGGCUAGAGAGAGAGGGAGUUAGAAGUAGUGAGAGAAGGGUAUAG